UCGUUUUCCUAUUAGAUUAGUCAAAACUGCGCCUGGAAUCCCAGCUUUAUGCCCUACCUUACGGGGUCCGUCACUGGUUAAGUGCAUCAAAUCUGUCAAAAUUCCACACAAAAAAAGGAGUGUAUUUCCUCCUCCUCUCAUGGCGAUUCUCUUCUUCUUCUUCUUCGUCAGUUUUAUUGCCUCAUUUUCCUUCUCCUUACCUGAACACCAUUUCCAUUUUACCAAACAUGGUCUUCGCCAGAAUACUUCUUCACAAUCACAGCAAUACUUGGAAAUCACUCGUCCAUUGCCAUUUGCAAAUCUCGCCCCUUCCUGCACUUUUCAUAUCCUCACUCAUGACUUCGGCAAUACGAUGGGUCUCCCUCCGGUCUCCGCCUCUUACUCUCCUCCGGCCAACUGCUCUUGGACCCAUGUGGCUCUUCAGUUCAAUGCUUCUUCCAAAGGUACGCAAUAUGACCGUAUCGCCGCCGUCUGGCUUGGCGGUGCCGAGAUCCUCCGUACCAGCACCGCGGAUCCUACCAACGAGGGAAUUUUCUGGACUGUUUCGAAGGAUGUUACCAGGUACUGCUCCAUUCUGGUCAACCAGAAUAUAUCUCUAUCUGUCAUGCUGGAAAAUCUGGUGAACGACAUUUAUACUGGUGUUUAUCAGGUCAAUAUUAGUUUCCUGUACUACGAUGUUAAGAAAAGGGAUGUUUCCCUAUCAAGUUAUCUUGAUUCUAAUCGGAAACUGAAGUUGAAAAAUGAAGUGCUUGUUAACAAUUUGAGAAGUGAGUAUGAACAACCGGCAGAUUUGAUAUUGCCAAUAUCAGGAAAUGGGAGUGAAGGAUUUUGGUUCCGAAUUCUAAAUGAAUCUGAGUUGCAUGGGCAGAGAGUUAUUAUUCCGAAGAAUACAUACAAAGCUGUGAUUGAGAUUUACGUAUCAUCUCACGGGUAUGAUGAGUUUUGGUACUCGAAUCCUCCUGAUUCGUACAUACAAAUGAACAAUUUAACUACCAAGAGAGGUCAUGGAGCGUACAGGGAAGUUUUAGUGAAUAUAGAUGAGAAUUUGGUUGGAUCCCUAGUUCCAUUUCCUGUUAUUUUCACUGGUGGAAUUAAUCCUAUGUACUGGGAACCACUUGUUUCAAUUGGGGCCUUCGAUCUUCCUUCUUAUAACAUUGAUUUAACACCAUAUCUGGGGCUUCUACUUGAUGGCGAAGCCCAUUUUCUAGGGUUUGGAGUGAACGAUAGUAUUCCAUUCUGGCUUGUGGAUGCCAAUUUGCACCUCUGGGUGGAUAACAAUUGUGCGUUGCCCUGUAAAGUGCACACUAAAGCUCUUGCUUUCCGUACCCCUAAGUUCAAGAUUAAGCGGUCUUCAAGUUUUCUUGGCCUUGAUGGUUCAGUUGAAGUUGAGAUGAAGAGGAAGAGUGAGAUGUCUUUUUGGGUGAACUCAACUGCAGGAUAUUUGACUACUAUAAUUAAGCGAGAAUUGAAGUUUAAGAGCAAAAUAAACUUUUAUCUAAACGGAACUGAGAAAAAUAUUAAGCAAAAAGUGAAGGAAGAGAUAGAAGUUAGAGUGCUAUCUGAUAGUGGUGGCACCAUCUCUCAGACCAAGGUGAAGAGGAAAUUUCCACUUACUAUAAUCUCUAAGACAUUAGCAUCGAGGGAGAAUGGUACAACCUUGAUGCUUUCUGAUUUGGACCAUGAAUGGAAGGAGAAGAAGAAGUCGGACGGUGGUUCUUCAAGCUCAUUGACAAAUCGGCAGCAUUGCAAUGGGUGGAUGGUUGUUCAAGAUCACAAUGUUAUACAUGGUGGGGCGACCACUCAACAAACUUAUUCUUACUCGGAUGAUGUUGAUUGCUAUUCUCGAAUCAUUUCAGCUGCCAAUGGCAAGCUUGUGAAUGACACUGCAAACAGUCUUUGUGCAGCAGCUCCUUUGAAGUUUGGUUCAUUUUCUGCCUUGUGACACCCCGUUUGAAGAAUCAGUUCUUGUCCAACGAGAUCAUCCCGUGUGUAACAUUUGGGAAUUUGAUUCCAAAUUUCUUGCGUAAGUAGUUAGCCUGUACAAUUUAGGUUUUGGUGUCGAAGGUGCAGGCUUCAAUAAGGAUGUGAAGUGUCUGGAAAUAUCAAUUAUUUUUGAUGUAAUGCUUUUUCUCUCUCUGUUUGAUAUGAACGUGAGUGUUGAGCCUUCA